UGCAGGGAAUGACCAGAGACUGCGGACACAGUGCAGGGAAUGACCAGAGACUGCGGACACAGUGCAGGGAAUGACCAGAGACUGCGGACACAGUGCAGGGAAUGACCAGAGACUGCGGACACAGUGCAGGGAAUGACCAGAGACUGCGGACAACAGUGCAGGGAAUGACCAGAGACUGCGGACACAGUGCAGGGAAUGACCAGAGACUGCGGACAGUGCAGGGAUGACCAGAGACUGCAGACAGUGCAGGGAAUGACCAGAGACUGCAGACAGUGCAGGGGAUGACCAGAGACUGCUGAC